CUUAAACUAUAUUUGUUGCAGUGGCCAAUGCUGACACGAUAACAAUUAUUCAGAUUCCUCCUAACUGCUCGUGAUUGGACAUGCAAUGAGAUAUCUGCAUAUAUAAACUGUCUCAGAACUCAGAAGUCGGUGGAUCAUAUGCUCAGUUGCCUUCCUUAGUCCCCAUGCCCCAGAAAAAUUCUGUUUCUGCAGUUUUUCUGGGUUUUGAUUCUGAAAUCUUUCUAUAGAUGAACCGUGUGCUAGUUUUAUGAGGUGAGACUUGUGUUUAUAAGGAAUAGCAAUAGAAACAGGGUCAAGAUCUAUUGCUUCUUUGCUAUAUUUGGGGUUUUUAGGAGUGAUAUAGGGUUCAUACUGAUCUGUAUAUUGAAAGCCACAACACAGAAGAUUCUUGCUGUUAGAGGUGGAAAUAUUUACUUGGUGUUUAGUGUGUGAAGAUGGAGAGUCUCAAAGAAUUCAAGCGAUGGGUUUGGUCACAAGCAAAAGAUAUUUAGGGACUCAAAUUUUGCAGCUUCAGUGGCAAAGGCUGAAGAGUACAUACAAAGAAAUACUAGAUUGUAGAAGCAGUUAGUUAGUGGCCAUGAAAAUGUCCUGCCAGUCGUUAAAUUGCCCAGCAGUUCUUCUAGGUAGCGUAAAUAAGAAUAAAACCCAGUACAGAACCAGAUCAAAUCCAUCCGCAGCUGCACAAAUAUCUUCAGCCACCCAACCAACCGAUGAAAGUGGAAAAUCACUCGACUCCAAAAGGGUUUUGGGCUCGGCUAUGGCUAUAAAAAGAUAUCAGGCCCCAAAUUCCCUGCUCAGCCAACCAAAUACAGUUGGAAUCAUUGGAGGAGUAUCUGUUUUUUCUACUCUAAUUUUCUUGGAAAAGCUCGUCCGAUGGAGUUCUAAAAAUGGACAAGAAUGUGUACCUUUCGUUGUGUGCAACGACCCAGGUUUAAGCAAAGAGCUUCCUGUUCUUAGCUCAUUUCAUUCAUUUAAAAGCAGAAACUCUCAAAUCCAAUUCAAUCAUGGCCCAAUUGUCGGAAAUUUGCAGCGGAAAAGGGUGUUUCUUGAGCAGUCAGGAGCUUCUUGCAUAGUCAUGCCAUGCCAUCUGUCACAUGCAUGGCACGGUGAGAUUUCCAAGGGAUGUUCUUUGCCUUUCCUUCAUAUAGGUGAGUGUGUUGCCAGGGAGCUAAGUAAUGCAAAGAUGAAGCCACUUGAAGCUGGGAGUAAUGUUCGGAUUGGGGUGCUUACAGAUGCAACUUCAGUCGCUGCUUUUUACCAGGAAAAACUGCAAACUCAGGGGUUUGAAGUGGUGUUGCCAGACCAAGCAACAAUGCAGCACAUUGUCAUUCCUGCAAAUGAAGCAUUGAAUAGAAGGGACAUUGAAGGGGCAAGGAAUCUCUUAAGAAUUGCUGUCCAAAUUCUCUUAGUCAGGGCUGUGAACACUGUUGUCAUUGCUUCAGAUGAAAUGCAGGGUCUUCUCCCUCACGACGAUCCUCUUCUCAAGAAAUGUAUUGACCCCAUGGAUUCUUUAGCCAGAUCAACUAUAAAAUGGACGAAAUCAAUCAAAUCGGACUGUUGAUUUUUCAGACCAUUAUAUUUUCAGGACUUGUUUGGAUAUUGAGAUGAGAUAGUUUUAGAUGAAUUGAAUAAAAUAUUGUUAGAAUAUUAUUUUUUAAUAUUAUUAUUGUUUUGAGAUUUGAAAAA